UGGUGUGACGCAUACGCGGCUCACGAUGGCUGAGUGACAGCAGUGGCGGAGGCGGCGGGAGCGGCGGUGGCAGUGGACGGGGGCAAGUUUCCGGGACGGGAUUAGCGGACGGUGGCGGAGCGGAGGGUCGAGGUCGUCGUUUGUACACCGCCGCCAUGAUGCGCUUCAUGCUGCUGUUCAGCCGGCAGGGCAAGCUGAGGCUGCAGAAAUGGUACAUCGCCAUGUCGGAGAAGGAGAAGAAGAAACUCGGGCGAGAGCUGAUGCAGAUCGUGCUCGGACGCAAGCCGAAGAUGUGCAGCUUCCUGGAGUGGAAGGACCUGAAGAUUGUUUAUAAGAGGUAUGCUAGUCUAUAUUUUUGCUGUGCGAUUGAAGAUCAGGACAAUGAGCUCCUGACUUUGGAACUCAUCCACCGUUACGUGGAGCUUCUAGACAAAUAUUUUGGCAGUGUGUGUGAAUUGGAUAUAAUCUUCAACUUUGAGAAGGCCUACUUCAUCCUGGAUGAGUUUAUUAUGGGGGGAGAGAUCCAAGAUACCUCGAAGAAGAACGUCUUAAAGGCCAUCGAGCAAGCUGACCUCAUGCAGGAGGACGAUGAGUCACCUCGCAGUGUUCUGGAGGAGAUGGGCUUGGCUUAGCUCGGCGUGACCUUUGAAGGGACAUCUUGCUCAGUUAGGGUGGGGGGAGGCAAAGGAAAACACUAAACACUGCGUAAAAUCUGGACUGUCUGGUGUCGCUGUCUGUCUGAAAUAAAUGAUUGAAAUUUGCAUCCUGAAUAUCCUCUCGCCCAACCUCUGGUUUCAUCCAGCUCCUUCAGGUAGCAAGAGUGUGAACCCUGCGAUCUGCUCUGCACCUGCAGCUGGAGAAAACAGGAGCUGAAGAAUUGGGCAAAAGUGGGGAGUGUGGCCGAGAUUGGGGUAGGGGAAUACCGGGGCUGGAGUCAUUAAUGGGAGGGUGUAGUUAAGGAAUGGUACAAAACCGGGACCGGACCUUUAGCGAGGAGUUGGAGAAGAUGUUGGUGCUGUUAAUCAGAAGGAGUUGUUGGGGAAUGCCACAUAACCAGGACUGGAUUCUAGUGGGAGUAAGUAGGUGGGGAAGGCACAAGAGACUGCAGAUGCUGGAAUCUGGAGCAACACACAAAAAGCUAGAGGAACUCAGCAAGUCAGGCAGCAUCAAUGGAGGGAAAUGGACAGUCGACAUUUCAGGUUGAGACCCUUCAUCUGGGAAGGUGUUCAGACCUGGCUGGAGUCUCUAAUGGGUCAGGGGGAUGGACAAUGACACAAAACCAGAAUUGGAUCCUCAUUGGGGGAGGUGAUUUGGGGAAUGAUGCAAAACCAGAACUGGAUCCUCAGUGGCAGCGCUGAUUUGGGGAAUGAUGCAAAUCCAGAACUGGAUCCAAGGUGGGAGGGGUGAUAUGGGGAAUGUAAAACCAGGACUGGGGACUUUAUUACAGACAGAUACACAGGAUUUUCAACCCUUACUCAAGUACUGCAUAGGCAAAGAGGCUAAUUCUAGAACCACUUUACUUUCCUGUGUACAUUCUCCUGAGAGUGGCAAAACAAUGGAAGGAAUUUUUGCACUGGCGUGGAUGGCCUAGGUCCUUUUCUGAGGUGUUUGCUUGUGGAUACAGGGAUCCUACAGGGGUGAGAGGGGUGAAAUUCCCACUCCCUUCCUGUAGAGACUUUCUCCAUCUGUCGGGAAUACAGGAACCAUCUACUACAUCCCACAGUGGCGCGGUGGGUAGAGCCGCUGUCUCACAGCGCCAGAGACCCGGGUUCGAUCCUGACCUCCGGUGCUGUCUGUGUGGAGCUUGCACAUUCUCCAUGUGGGCAUCCCCCAGGUGCUCCGGUUUCCUCCCGCAUCCCAAAGAUAUGCAGGUUGAUGAGUUAACUGGCCGCUGUAAAUUGCCCCUAGUAUGUGGGUGAGGGGUAGAACCUGGGGAGGGUUGAUGGGAAUGUGGAGAGAAUGGAAUUAAUGUAGGAUGAGUGUAAAUGGGUGGUUGAUGUUCAGCAGGGACCUGAUGGGCUGAAGAGCCUCUUUCUGUGCUAUAUCUCCCGAUGACUAAUAUUAAGGGUCAUCAAGGGCAAGAUAAUGGAGUUGGCUAAUGGAGUGAGUGUAUAGGAUGGGGAGAGGCUUCCACAGACCAUGCCUAUAGUGGAGCAGAGCUGAUCACUACACCAGCAGAGUUAUUGACAAAAUCAGUGACAAGAGUCUGGCCAAACUCUGCCAAUCGGAAGUGUGUAUCCACACUAAAUAUUUUUGAUAACCUUUCGGUAGAAAUCUCUGCUGGGAUCUAUAUCACUAGAAAAGAGAAGUAAGAUUUACAGUUAAACUGGUGAGGAGGCAGGGAACUGUGGUUGGAACAAUCAGUGAGAUGCCCAGCUGGGGAACUUCUACUUGCUUUCUCUGGGAUUUGCUUAUUGAUGAGGGUUUCCACAGUCUGUGUGUGUGUGUGUGAAAGAGAGAGAGAAGCAGUACUGUGUUUUACCAUCUAAAAGUUGCGUAAAUACUUUGAGUGAGCUGGAUGAGAUAUUGUUUCUGCUGGGUGAGUGGGACUGUUUGACCAAGUUGCAUUAGCUCACUGAUUGCUGUAUUUGUGUGUAUUUUUUGUAUGUAACGGCAACGCUACGGUUGGCAGGGAGGGUGGUGAAGGUCUUAGAAUGGUAACAACACAGGAGGGGACCAUUUGGCCCAUCAAGUACAUGCUGGUUCCUAGUAGAGCUACCUCAUCAGUUCUUUCCCUGUAGUCCUACAAAUUAUUAGGAAGUGUCUGUUCAGCUCCCUUUUGAAGGUUGAAAAUUGAGUCAGGGUUUCCCCUAUGCUGUUGCAAACACGUGUGUUCGGCACCCAUUGGGACCAUCUCCAUACACAGGGAGAUAUGCUCUCCAACUUGUGCACUUUUGCAGCGCACCAGCAUUAUUGCCAUGAUUCAAAACCGCUAGUUACCCUGGAAUUACACCAUAAAGUGUAUCCUUUGACCUCAGACCACUGGCUAUGGUGUAGCAUGUCAAGGGUUAAAGCACAUGGGUGUAACUACCAGAAGGCUAAGUCCUCGACACCUGGACACACACUGGAGAGCAUCUACUUUCCACGACUCACUCUAGGUCAAACCAUCCUUCAUGCUUCACGUGUUACCCUUUGGACUCGAGAAGCAAAAUGGCUGCCACUGUGAGCUGCCACCUGGCUCCAGGGUCACACACUUCCAGGAAGUACCCCUCCCUGCCCCCACAUGGUUGUCCGCCCCUCCCAUCAGUGCAGCCUGAUUUACGCAUACGUUAGCCAGUCAAACCAAUAACAGUAAAGGGGGCAAGAAAUCACAUGACCAGCACUAUGUGACCGUUCAAAACGGAUGUCCCCUCAUUUUAAAGAAAACUGACAUUGUUUCAAACAAAUUACUUGUUGUAAAAAUGCUAAAUAUCAGCUGGCUCGCCCACUUAAGAAGAAAGUACGAUUUUUUUUAUUUGUUUUGCCUGAAAUCCCACAUCACUAAGAUCUAGGACACGACAAAUCCCUUGUCUCGACCAGUUUGUGCUGGUUAGGUGUCUCAUUCUGGCCACAGGACCUUUUUGUUUUUAAUUCAUUUUGAGAGACGUGGAUGCCUCUGGCAAAGAAUAUUCCUAAAUGCCAUUUGCGAGACAUCUAAGAAUUAGCCACAUUGUUGGGGUGAAGGAGUUGUCUGACAAGAAAAUUUUGAGUACAAACUAUCCUCAGGCUAUGAAUACCUGACUUAUGAACACCCCUACAUACGAACAAGCUCCCAUAAUAUUAUUAAGUUCAAAAGUCCAAUGUAUGUACAUGCCAAUGGCAGAACUAGUUUCCUCUCUCUCUUCACCUUUAGUUCUAUUUUUUAAACCCAGUCUUGUGUGUUUUAGACACCAUUCACUACAAUACUGUGGAGGUACAGUUACCAUAUCGAAUGAUUUUUGCAUAGUGUGUCUGACUUGUGGACAAAAUUGAGUAGAAGACAGAACUCGUUCGUUACCCAGGCAAAGCCCGUAGACCGGACUUCAGAGGAAGUGAGAGGCAUGGUAGGACAAAUCCUGAGAGAACGAUUGUUGGAGAAUCUGGAAGAGAUAAUUUGAGGAUAAAGGGGUUGCCAAUUUAAGACAGAGGUAGGGAAUUUCUUCAAGGGAUUGUAAGCCUUUGGAAUUCUCCACUGAAGGAUCAGCACACUGAGUAUAUUCAAGACUUUUGUACUGCAAGGCUUGUUGGGAUCAAACUGGAUAGUGGAGUUGAGACGAAGGGCAAAGCAGCCAUGGUCUCCUCGGUUGGUGGAGUAGACUCUCCUUCUGUGGGUCUGGAGCCAUCUAUAGGCUUGUCUAAGAAGAGCAAAUUUCUUUCCCUGAGCAGCAUUAGUAAAUUAUGUGGGUUUUAAUGACUGUUUCAUGAUUAUCAUCCCCAAUACAAUUUACUUAACUGAGUUUAAGUUCCCCAGAUGCUGUGGUGGGAUUUGAACCUGCUGUUCUGGAUCGUGAGAUUAUAGAGCUGGUGGGAGGAUGACGAGGGGGCAGAAUUUACCAGGAUUGCCUGCUGAUCUGGAAAGAUUCUGUGAACUGCUUUUAAUAAGGAACUGAAACAUAAAGAGAGUAACCAGGUUUGAAAUUUGUCCUGAUUUUGUACACUCUUUCUAACGUUUAGUUUCACUGAAACCAAUGUAGCCAAAUCUUGGAAGUGUUUUAUUGAGAGUUUAGUGCAGGUAACUGCAUGUUGCACACUUAAAUACCACUGUCUUCACAUUCAGAGUGACGUAGGGCUUCAGAUUAAUCAAUCUGUACCUCUCUUUCCUUUCCAGAAUUUUCAAUGUUUAUUUUUGGACUAUUGUGGAGUGAAAAUAUUAAUGUAUAUCUGUGAAAUUUGGUGUUUUAUUUAUUAAACGUUGAACA